GGCUCACCACUGGUGCACGGACCGUGGAGGAUACGGGCAGAAGAUGGCUGACUUAGCCGGGCACCGCAAGCCCUCGGCGGCAUCACCAGCGUCACACGGGCCGCUGAAAAGCUGCAAGACAUCCGCCGUCUGGCGACUGUAAACAGCUGCCGCUGCCUCUCUCUUACCCCCUCCUCACCCCUCCUCACCGCAAAUAUUGACAGAAGUAUCUCAGAGAAAACAUGGCAGAGAUGGAAAAAGAGGGCAGACCUCCGGAAAAUAAAAGAAGCCGAAAGCCAGCUCACCCGGUGAAAAGGGAAAUAAAUGAAGAGAUGAAGAGUUUUGCAGAGAACACCAUGAACGAGCUGCUGGGCUGGUACGGCUAUGACAAAGUGGAGCUGAGAGACUCUGACAACCUGGAGAUAGGGGAGACACCACAGCACAUCUCUGUCCUCAAAGAAAACUUGUUGCCAAAAAUCCCAGCUUCAACAGAGAACAGCGAAGGCUCCCCGGAUCGAGCCAACAGCUCCCACUCUUUGCCAACCUCCAGGAACGGAGUCACAGAGUCCUCCACCACACCGUCCACCUCCAUGCCCAGCACCAAGGAACAUGGCAACCUGCCCAUUAUAGUCCCCAUGAUCCCCCCACCACUGAUCAAGCCCCCUGCAGAUGAAGAUGCAUCCAACGUGCAGAUCAUGUGCGCCUGGUGCCAGAAGGUCGGCGUCAAACGCUAUUCUCUGAGCAUGGGGAGUGAGCUGAAGAGCUUCUGCAGCGAGAAGUGCUUCGCCGCCUGCCGCAGAGCCUAUUUCAAGAGAAACAAGCUGGGAUAUAUAAGGAAUUACGCUGCGAGAGACGACGAUGGCCUCGGUGGGAAAUUACCCCAGCACAGCUUUACUCAGGACACGCCCAGGCUUGUCUUCAAGACAAACAGCGAUGUGCUUGUAUGUGACUGGUGCAAACAUAUUCGCCACACUAAGGAGUACCUGGACUUCGGUGCUGGUGAGCGGAGGCUGCAGUUCUGCAGUGCCAAAUGCCUGAACCAAUAUAAGAUGGACAUUUUCUACAAGGAGACCCAGGCUGCACUGCCUGGAGCAUUGUGUAACCCUGGACAUGGCGCUGGUGGAGAGAGUAAGAUGGAGUGCAGUGGAGGGGUGCAGCUGCUCACUCCUGAAUCCUGGGGAACGCCGUUAACGGACCUCCGGCGAAAAGCUCCUUCACCAGGGGGGCCUUCCACCACCUCUGCAAUGGCCCCUUCCACUUCUUCUGCCACCUCACCAUCGGACACUGCUGCCGUCUGCUCCCCGUCCUCCUGCUCCUCAGCCAAGAUUCCCACACCCAGACCCCAUGAGAGCCCCACACUCCCCCCUCCACCUGUUCCCUCUUUGCACCCACCUGUUGGUGUUCCUCCUGGUAGCCCUCCCAUGGUGAUGACACCCCGGGGACCCAUGCCCCUACCGCUGUUCAUGGAGCAUCAAAUGAUGCAGCAGAUGCGUCCACCAUUUCUUCGGCCCUCUGCCCACCCAGGUGGGCCCAAUAGCCCCCUGUCAAACCCCAUGAUCCCUGGUAUUGGUCCACCACCUCCCUCUAGGACCAUGGGUUCAGCAUCAAGCCCCAUGCACAGACCGCUGCUGUCUCCACAUGUCCACCCCUCAUCCAAUCCCAACCCUGGCAUGAUGCCCCCCCACCCUGGUCUCCCCAUGCCAGGCCUGCCUCCUUUCCCCCCUGUCAACAUGAUGCCCAAUGGACGCAUUCCUCUGCCCCCUAUGAUGAACUUUGGUAUGCCAUCCCUGGCCCCAUUGGUACCCCCUCCAACUCUCUUGGUCCCUUACCCUGUCAUUGUACCCCUCCCAGUCCCAAUCCCUAUUCCAAUCCCAAUUCCCUUCAGCCCCAAAACUUCCAGGGACCAGCCAGAGAGCAGUGGCACCUUCCGCAGUGCUCCAGAGUCCUCUGAAGCUUCAGCCUCUGGGCCCCACUCUCCAGGUUCCUCUGCAGGUGACAGAGGGGAGCAGAAACUAGAACCAGCUGGUGCAGAGCAUCUCUCUCCUGUACGCUCAGAGAGAAGCAGGACGGCAUUGGUGGACUUGACUGUGAAGGCAGAGGAAAAUGCAGGCAGUCUGUGUCUAACCAGCGGCCCUGGACCGAUGGACGGGGUUAUUGAUCUAACUGUGGGCCAGAGGCCAUGCCAACAGCAGGUAAUUCAGAGGAUGCUACCUGGGGUCCAGGUCAAAAUAGAGGCAGAGGCUGAAUCAAGAUCUCCACCAGCUGCUGGGCUGGGUUGGGAAGGGAAAGGCAGUCGUGAUGGAGGGGAAGGGGCCCUCUCCCAGGGCCUCCUUAGUGCUGCAGAGCUGGAAGGGGCCACACACCCAAACACACUGGAAUUAUCAGGCCCACCAUCCAGCAACAGCAGCCCUUCUUGCCAUGCUGAUCCUCUAGUGAGCCAGCUAAAUCCCUGUAUGUCUAACCGUUCCCCACCACCCUUACCCAGCACAGCACGGACCCAGCCCCAACCCCUGCCCCAGCUCCAAACUAGCCCUGCUGCCCCAUGUAAUGUCAUAGUCAAUGGUACGGGAUGGCAUUCGCUCCUCACUCCUGCCUUUGAGUCUUACCCUGACCGAAGAGGAGACAGUGUUGCAGGAGAAGGAGAGGCUGAGGAGCAACCAGCUAACGGUGAGCUGGAGCAUGAGGCACUGAAAGAGAACAAUUGCUCAAUUGGAGAUUGGGAGCCGGGUAAGCGGGGCUCAACGCAAGACGAGAUGGCGGACACAGUGGAGGGUAAGCCAGACCCUGACUCCAACAUGGAGGAGGGUGAGCACGCCUAUGCUCUGCCGCUGCUGUCUACCGGAGGCUGUGUCGUCAUCCAGCCUGUGCCAAAGCCUGGCGCUGACAAGACGGCCAUCCUGUCCUGCUCCAUCAGUGCCCCUCUAUCAGCAGACGGGAGCCCCGAGCUAGAGCCGCCGCUGAAGAGGAGGUGUCUGCGAAUCCGCAAUCAAAACAAAUGAGAUGGACGCUCUGAGGACCACAGUGCCAUCAACGACACUCACUUGUCCACCCCCCACCUCCAAAUCCCACCCCUCCCAGCUACACCACCACACACGUUCACACACACACACACACAGAUUUUUC